UCUCCCUGUAGACUGUCCCUUUGCUUCCGCUUCAGGCUGUAGCGCGGCGGCCCUCAGUCGGCCAAGGUCCAUACGUGGGUGCGGGGGUGGUGGGAUGCUAAAGGCCCCUGUGUACUCCGGUGAUGAGCCCGGACGUCGCUGCGACCCGAUCCCAGGGCUGGGUUUCGCAUCGGUUGCCGGGACUGCUGACCUUCAGGGAUGUGGCCAUAGAAUUCUCCGAGGAGGAGUGGGGACGCCUGACCCACACUCAGCGGCAACUGUACAGGGACGUGAUGUUAGAGAACUAUGGACAUCUCCAUUUCUUGGGUCUCCUUCUGUCAGAGCCAGACCUGAUCAUGUUUUUGGAGCAAGAGAAGCAGCUCUGGGAUGUGAAGAGAAAGGAGACCGGAGGCUUCCAACCAGAAUUUCUUGGGUUGAGUUUCGUCUUACUCUAAUUUGGUAAUUUCCUAAUAAUGUGUUUCUUGUGUCUGGCUCAUUCCACCAUAUUCGUUAGGUGUGGAUUCGGUCUUACCUGUGUGUGUUGUUACAGGAAGGGAAUUUUCAGCUCAGUGUAUUUCAAGACCUUGUGAGCAUAACUCAAAAAAAAUGAUCUUUAUGUUUUUUGCCGGUAAAUUUUGUGUCUUUGUCUUGUGUUUGUAUGUCACAUAUACAUACUGUGUGACCCCUACUUUUUAUCUCCUUGGUGAGUGGUCAGUGAAUGUUGUACCAUGUCUAGGUGAGUUGUCAUCCACAUAGAAUUCAUUUCACCGUGUUUUUGUGGGUGAAUUUUUAUUCUCUCUGCAUGAGAGAAAGACUGUUUCGAAUUCAAAGUAAUUUUCAAACUAUACUAUUGUAUCAUGUUUUGGUAUGAAAUAUGAAAGAUAUAUUUUAUCUGUAAUUGUAAGAUGAAUACCCAUGAUAUGCCUUGGUACCUUUCUCAUUGCCUUUUGUGUCUUCUAUGAGUAUUUUCCUUGUGGUUACCUUAGAGAUUCCUUAAAACAACACUGUUGUAAAACAGUUUAAAACUCAGUGUCAAUUCCAUAAGGAAUUCUUCUUCCUGUCUCUACCCCUGCACCCCCCCGACUUUGAUACUACAAAUUCUUUUAUAUUGUGUACUUUAUGACCUACAUUUGUGAUUUUAAUACUUAAAAAAAAAAAACUCUGUAGCAGAAAUAAACUUGACUGGUAUCUCAUUACAACA